AAAACGAACAGUGCUAAUAAAACAAAUGACAGCAAUUUCAUCAACAUGCUUGUCCCAUUAUUAUUGCUAUUUUCAGCAACGUGAAUUUUAGUAAUAAUUACUAAUACUUUUUACACAAUUUAUUAUGUGAAAACGAUAAUACAAAAUGAGUGUUUAUCACGAUGAGGUCGAAAUCGAAGACAUGGAAUAUGACGAAGAAGAAGAGGUUUAUUACUACCCAUGUCCGUGUGGCGAUCGAUUUCAGAUAACCAAGGAAGAACUUAUGGAGGGUGAAGAAGUAGCCACUUGCCCCAGUUGUUCCCUUAUUAUUAAAGUAAUAUAUGAUGCGACUAUGUUUAAAGCAGAGGAAGAUGAAGAGACCGUGCUCAAUGAUAAAAUGAAAGAAAUGAAAUUGGAAAAGCACUAAGAAUUCAAUUCCUUUUGUAAAAAGAUUUCUAUAUUUCUGUAAUAUAUUAUAUAUAUAUAUAUAUGUUGACUAGAGUAAACAAUUACGCCUUCUGGCUUAUCUUACACAUA